AUGUACCUGACCACGGUGCUGGGGAACCUGCUCAUCAUCCUACUCAUCAGGCUGGACUCAUGCCUCCACACCCCCAUGUACUUCUUCCUCAGCCACUUGGCCUUCUCUGAUAUUUCCAUUUCAUCUAUCAUGGUUCCAAAGACGCUCAUGAACAUGCACACUCAACAACUGUCCAUCUCCUAUACGGGGUGCAUUUCCCAGGUGUAUUUCUUUGUGGUCUUUGUUUCUCUUGAGACUCUCCUUCUUUCAGUGAUGGCCUAUGACAGGUAUGUAGCCAUCUGUCAGCCCCUCCACUAUACCACCAUCAUGAGGCAGGAGCUGUGUGUCUCCUUAGUAGCUGGGUGCUGGUUCUUCAGCUCCUUCCACUCUCUGUUGCACACCCUGCUCUUUGCCCAACUGUCCUUCUGUGGUGACAGUACCAUCCCCGAUUACUUCUGUGACCUCUCUGCACUCCUGAAGAUGAGCUGCUCAGACAUCUCCCUCAAUGAGUUGGUCAUCUUCAUUGAAGGAGGAUUGCUCUUUAGCCUGUCUUUGGGUGGCGUCCUGGGCUCCUAUGUCCGUAUAGGGACCAGUGUCCUGAGGGUCCCCUCCACUAAAAGUCUCUUUAAAGCCUUCUCUACCUGUGGCUCCCACCUCCUCGUCGUGUCUUUAUACUAUGGGACCACUGCAGGAGUUUACUUUUUCUCCUCAUCAUCCACCUCUAGAGACAAAGACAUGAUCGCCUCUGUCAUGUACACAGUCGUCACCCCCAUGCUGAACCCCUUCAUCUACAGCCUGAGGAAUAGAGAUAUAAAACAGGCCUUAGAGACAUUUGUCAAUAAGGUGAACUUCUUCAAGUGA